UUUAUCAUAUUAUUUAUGCCGUUCUGUCAGCACAGUAAUUUUACAGAAAAUGGCCGAUGUCAAUCAGAUUUAAUUUCCAAAAUGUUUUGUCAUUGUAGAGGAAGGGGCUCAUCCUUGGAGGAUUCAAUGGCAAGAAUAAAGUUAUUAAAUGAAGGUAGUACACUGAUCACUGAAGGUCCCCCAGAGAGGCGUCUGCUCAGUACAAGUAAACAGGAAAUAGACGAGCAAGGAAAUAUUAGAAGAUGGACGUUGGGAGUGAAGAAUCCACAAAAAAUUAUGAGAACAAUAGUUCUGUUGGGAGAGACGGGAACAGGGAAGAGCUCUCUCAUCAAUGUGAUGACAAACUACAUCCUGGGAGUAGAAUGGAGUGACAAGAUCCGCUAUGAGAUCGUCAAGGAGAAAGUGAGGGACCAGACUGAAUCUCAGACUUCAGAAGUGAAUGUUUACGAGAUCUUUGGGUAUGAAGAUAUCCGAGUGCCAUUCUCCCUCAGAAUCAUUGAUACUCCUGGUUAUGGAAACACAAAUGGAGAGAGAAGAGCUAAGAAAAUUGCAGAAACUCUGUGUUAUUUGAUCCAGUGUGAAGACGGAGUUCACCAGCUUGAUGCAGUCUGCUUAGUUGUGAGGGCAUCACAGAACCGCCUUACCCCACAGCAACGCUGUAUUUUCGAUGCUAUUCUCUCUUUAUUUGGGAAAGACAUAAAGAAGAACAUCAUUCCAGUCUUCACAUUCUCAGGGGUGGGCAAACCUGCUGCCCUUGCAGCUCUUGAUAAAUUUGGUUUCUCAGGGUAUAGAGAUGAAAAGAAUAAUCUAGUUCACUUCCGAUUUGAUAACACUCCUGAGGAAGAGUAUGACGAGGACACCUCACCCGACUAUUUCAAAAACGCCUGGGAAAAAAGGAAGAAGACCAUGGGAGAUUUUUUCAAGUACCUGAAUACUCUGGAAACAAGAAGCUUGGUGAUGACGCAUAAAGUUCUGUUCGAACGUGAGAGGCUGGAAUGCUGCGUGAAGAGUCUUCAGGAUCAGAUUGUAAAGGCUGAACAUAAGCAGAAUGAGAUCAGGCAAACGCAGGAGGCCUUGGAGAAGAACAAAGAGGCAAUACAGGAAAAGAAAAACUUUGAAUAUGUUGUGGAAGAAAGUUUUACAGAAAAAGUUGAAUCAGAUACGUAUGCAACUGUCUGUAAUAAAUGUCAGUUCACUUGCCACUAUCCAUGCAGUUUUUUCCAAGAUAAGAUUUUCUGGUGCGCAGUAACUCCCUACUCAGACUGCAUAUCAUGUCCUGGGAAAUGCAGCCUCUCUGAUCAUGUCACAGAAAAAAUGAGGUAUGUGCUGUCAGUCAGAAAGGUGACAAAGACAUAUGAGCAGCUGAAAGAGAAAUAUGAAGAAUUAUGCAGGAGGUCUGAAAGUCUGCUGAAAAGGCUUCAAGAGGAAUUAAGCGAAAUAGAAAGUAAAAAGCAGAAGUUUAUUUUCGAAUCAUACAACCAUAUCAUUAGACUACAUGAAAUAGCCCUGAGGCCAGAGUCAUUGUCCAUCUUGCAGAAUAUUAACUUUCUGAUUGAAAAGCUGCGUGAAACUAAACAGACUGAAAAAGUUCAGAAACUUGAGGAAAUAGAUAAAUGGACUGUGGAGGCACAUAAGUUUCAGGGGGAAGAGCAGGAUCUUUUCAAUGUAUUACCCACAAUUUAGAAAAGUCUUCCUGAAAAGAGAAGCUGUGAAUGGCUGUGGGCACUUCACUGACAUUUCCCACUGAGCUGAGAUGAGAAAGGGAUUAGAAAUUAAGAUUUUAUAUAUAUCAUAUUUUAUAUCAUAUUAAAAUUAUUAUCUUUUCAUAUAAUUUGUUUUUAUUUAGACUUUGGAUUUCUUAAUGCAUAUUGAUUGUAAGAAUGCGGUAUUUCAUAUUAUUCAUAGAAAUCUAAAGGUUUUUGAUUAUGUUGACAAAUAGUUUCAAGGGACUCAUAUCUCUGUUACUUUGACCUAUUUUGUUUUAUUUUCUCAGAAUAUCAGAAUUGAUAGCAAACAUAAUUAAAUGCCUGAAUGUCAGCAACAUUCCCAAACUUACAAACUUGUUAAACUGUUAGAUCUAAAAUUUGAGUUUUAGAUUUGAGAUCCUAUAGAGACUGUCUAGUAAUUGAGGACUCCACUUUAACUGAUGGGUGUUGAAAGAACUGAGCAAAGCCUGGUAAACCAAAUAGUAUCUGCAUUACCUUUAACAUACGAUGG